GCCAUUGAUUGAGGCUUCAUCAUCAUCAUCAUCACAAUCAUCAUCAUCGCUCGAUGAUAUCGUAAUACAAGCCAGCAAGCCAGCUGCGAUUACGGCUUCGCGUCGCAAGUGGCAGUGCGGCCUGCGUCGAUGGAGGCCGGUUCCCCGCGGCCCGCUGCCAGCGACAGGCUGCCGACGGCUGGGCACUCCCGGCCGCUGCACGUCCGCACGCCGUUACUGGAGAGCCUGCCGCUUUCAGAGAUAUACGGGCAGCGGGUUUACCUCAAGAUGGACAACGUCCAGCCGUCGGGAUCCUUCAAAAUCAGGGGGAUGGGCGCCCUGUGCCAGGACGCCAAGCGCAAGGGCGCCUCCAAAGUGGUCAUAGCUUCCGGCGGCAAUGCCGGCAUGGCGGUGGCGUACGGUGCGCGCCAGCUGGGAAUGGAGUCCGUGGUAGUCAUCCCUCACAACGUGCCACACCGCAUGGUCGACAAGCUGCGUCUCGAAGGGGCCCGCGUCGAGGUGCAAGGCAACUGCUGGGACGACGCCGACGAGCGAGCCAAGGAGAUCGUCGCCGCCCAGGGUGGCUAUUACUGCCACCCGUUCGACCAUCCCCUGAUAUGGGCGGGCAACGCUACCAUGGUGCCGGAGAUGAAGGAGGACCUGGUCGACCAGGUGCCCGCCGCCGUCGUGGCCUCGGUCGGCGGCGGCGGGCUGGUGUGCGGCCUCUCGGACGGCAUGGAAGCCGCCGGCUGGGCGCAGGUGCCCAUCAUUGCCGUCGAGACGCGGGGCGCCGACUCCUUCCGGGCCUCGCUGCGCGCCGGCAACCAGGUCACGCUGCCCAGGAUCACCAGCAUCGCGGCGGCGCUGGGCGUGCGCAAGGUGUGCACCAGGAUCCUGGAGCUGUACCGGACGCGCAGCAUCUUCUCCAUGGUGCUCUCCGACCGGCUCGCCGUCGACGCGUGCAACCGGUUCGCCGACGACCACCGCGCCCUCGUGGAGCCCGCGUGCGGCGCCUCGCUGGCCGCCGUGUACGCGGCGCGGGUCACCCAGAUGCGCUGCCAGAAGAAGCUCGACCCGGAGAGGCCUCUGGUGGUCGUCGUGUGCGGAGGAAGCGCCGCCUCCCGGCAGCAGCUGGAGGAGUGGACCAAGUCGGUCGCCACCGGGGCAGCCAGUCCCCUCGACCGGGACCACUCGGGCAUCGACUGAGUGUCGGCGCCGCUCGCGCGCUUCAGGUCGGACUUUGAAGGCGUCCGAUGCGUUAAUUCGCUGGAGCUGUUAUCUCGAUCGACAUUUUUCGGGCGAAAUUCCCUCGCCGUUAUACGAGGCGAGCUCUUAUCUCGAUCAACACUUUUCGGGCGAAAUUCCCUCGCAGUUAUACGUGGCGAGCUCUUAUCUCGAUCAACGUUUUUCGGGCGAAAUUCCCUCGCCGUUAUAUACGAGGCGUUAUUUUUUUAAAAAGCGGUGACAAAUGUUUCUAUUAUCAGAGAAGGCGGCCACCAAACAUUCGCGCUGUGUCUACGAUGUCCUUCCUCUGUAAGUACACAGAAAAUAAAAGAGGCUAUUUACGGGCUA